AUGGAACCACAACAACAACAAGCACAAUCACAACUGCAGCAGCAGAAUCUAUCAGUGCAGCAGCAAACAGCUCCGCCGCCUUUUUCCAGCCGCCCGGAUGCGCUCCCUUCCACCCGUGGUCGGCGUGCAGGGCCGCCAGACCCCGUCCAGCAGCAACAGCCGUCGUCUCCACAGCGGCUGCUGGCUCCACCGGCUCCUCCACCGGCCCGACCGGCUGCGCCAUCCACCAUCGUUGACGAUGCCCCCGUGCCCUUGGCACCGCCGCCGCCGGUGUCGCAGCCUAGCCAGCGACACCCGCGCAGUCCAUUUUCCGGGAAGCAUCCCGCGGACGUCGACGAACCUAUGCCCGUGGCACCGUCGCGGCCGGCACCUCGUAUCUUCCGCAACGCAGCUCCGCACCUGCAGCCAGACAAGAAGAUGCAGAAGCUUUGCCCAGUACAAAUAUACAGUCUCCAACAACAACAACAACAGCAGCAGCAGCAGCAGCAGCAGCAGCAGCAGCCAAGCAAGAGGAUCCAUAAGCCGUAG